ACACCAUGGUAUAAUGGGAGGCUUACAAAUACCCCCUUCUUGUAUAGAAUGACUCUAAAGCAAUAGUUUCAGCCACGAGAGUGGGUGACAGAGAAAGAGAGAGAGUCUUGUAUUGCCUUCCUGAGAGAGUCUUCAGGUGUCUUUCAUCUUGCUGAGGUAGAAACAAUGGAAUCACCACCGAUCAGUCCGGCGAUGGUAUCAUCAGCAUCAGCCAAGGAUGUCACGUCAGAGCCCAACGGUAAUGCAAAAGAGUGGCACAGCCGGCGCUGGAUGUGGGGAGGGCCGAUAAGCCUCCACAGAAUCCUGUGCAUGCAAGGCGGCGACGACGAUGGGAGCUAUGCCAAGAACUCAGACGCGCCCGCGUCUGCAAUCACCCUGUCGAAGCCCUUGCUCUUGAAUGCUAUUCAGUCCAUGAAGCUCUUCCUCACAUCCAAGCACGACGAUUCGUUGAGGAUAGCCGAUCUAGGCUGCGCCACGGGGUACAACACGUUGGCCACGGUCAACAUGGUCGUGGAGGGCCUGAGGAAGAGGUACGCGGAGGAGCUGGGUUUCGAGCCCGAGUUCGAGGCCUUCUUCUCCGACCUCCCCUCAAACGAUUUCAACUACCUGUUCAGGACGUUGAGUGGGGUGGUGUCCGCCGAUUGUACUAGAGAGAGAAGCAGGCACCGCUACUUUGCAGCCGGCGUGCCCGGGUCGUUCUAUCACCGCCUCUUCCCGAGGGCAAAGCUUCAUGUGGCCGUGAGCUUGAGCGCCUUGCACUGGCUCUCUCAGAUACCGGAAGAAGUCACGAACAAGAGCUCACCGGCGUGGAACAAGGGAAGAGCAUGGAUCGAUGGGGCCAAGGACGCGGUGUUGGAGGCCUACGCGAGGCGGUCUGAGGAGGACCUGGACGACUUCUUGCGAUGCCGGAAGGAGGAGAUCGCGGAAGGCGGGAUACUGUUCGUGCUGAUGGGAGGGCGGCCGAGCUCUCAGCAGCCCCGCAACCAGCUGGGCGAUCCGGACUCGAGGGACAAGCACCCCUUCACCACCUCCAUGGACCAAGCUUGGCAGGACCUCCUGGAUGAGGGCUUGAUAGAUGAAGAGACAAGAGAUGGGUUCAACAUCCCGGCGUACAUGAGGAGCACGGAGGAAGUGGAGAGGGCAAUGGCCAAGUGCGGCGGGUUCGAGAUCCAGAGGAUGGAGUACCGGAGGAUCCGAGAGCACUCCGAGGAGAAGCAAGAGGAGUGUGCCCAAGACCCGGCCUCGUACGGCCGGUCCAAGGCCAACCUGGUCAGGGCCACCCUCGGGCCCAUUGUCGAGGCCCACCUUGGCCGGCCCCUCGCCUGCGAGCUCUUCGACCGUUUCCAAAGGCGGGUCGCCGCCGAUCUCGGCCUCCUCACGAAGACCUGCUUCUACGGCGUCAUUGUGUUGUGUGCUAUCCGAAAAUGAGAAGACGGUCGAGCUUGGGUUUACACGGGUCACGAACCGUGUAAUAUUCAUUUUUCAAGAGAGAGACUAUAAUGUCGGAAUUCGAGAAAAAGAAAUGGCAAAUUAAUCUUCUCUUCUCUUUUUUCUU